UCAAGUUCUGUUUCUUUUCUUUUUGUUCUCUCCAAUCUGCAUAAGAAACAUCGAAACACUUCCACACAAACAAAUCCACGCGCUCUCUCACGCUCACACACUCGCAUACACUUGUUUUCUCAUUUCAAAAAACCAAUUAACCAACCCCUCUAAUCGUAUCGAAUCGACGACGAUCUCUUCGAUGCUCUCUCUGCCUUCCUCCUUCAUUCCCUUGUGAAACUACACCGUCUUCGUCUUUGGAUCUCUGGCUUUUUUCUUUCUGUUUUGUGUUAGAGGAUUGAGAUCUGUUUUGGAGUGGAUCCAUUCAAGUAAUUGAAGAAAUCAUCAACCUUCAGCUAUUUGAGCAAAACAAAAAUGGCUUUAUUGUCUCAUUCAUCCAUAGCAUUGGGUGGAGCCUCUGCUUCUGCUUCGGAUUACUUGCGUAGUUCGAGCAAUGGUGUUAGUGGGGUUUCAUUGAAAACCUUAGGAAGAGCAAUGGUUACAACCACAAGAAGGAAGGACCUGUAUGUGACUUCUCGGCUCAAGAAAGGUAAGAAGUUUGAUCAUCCAUGGCCUGCGAAUCCUGACCCGAACGUGAAAGGCGGAGUCUUGUCUUACCUCUCGACUUUCAAACCUUUGGGGGAUACACAAAAGCCUGUCACUUUGGAUUUCGAGAAGCCUCUUGUUGAAUUGGAGAAGAAGAUUGUUGAUGUGAGGAAGAUGGCCAAUGAAACCGGGUUGGACUUCACUGAGCAGAUUAUCACUCUCGAAACCAAGUAUAGACAGGCACUUAAAGAUCUUUACACGCAUCUCACUCCGAUUCAACGUGUGAACAUUGCACGUCAUCCCAACCGACCUACAUUCCUUGAUCAUAUACAUAACAUCACUGACAAGUUUAUGGAGCUUCAUGGAGAUCGGGCAGGGUAUGAUGACCCUGCAAUUGUGACGGGUAUUGGAACCAUAGAUGGCAAACGAUAUAUGUUCAUCGGUCACCAGAAAGGUAGAAACACCAAGGAAAAUAUAAUGCGUAACUUUGGGAUGCCUACUCCGCAUGGUUACAGGAAGGCACUACGGAUGAUGUAUUACGCAGACCAUCAUGGUUUUCCCAUCGUGACAUUCAUCGACACUCCUGGAGCCUAUGCAGACCUUAAAUCCGAGGAACUCGGACAGGGUGAAGCGAUUGCCAACAAUCUGAGGACAAUGUUCGGCCUGAAAGUGCCGAUUCUUUCUAUUGUCAUUGGAGAAGGUGGUUCUGGUGGUGCCUUAGCCAUUGGCUGCGCUAAUAAAAUGUUGAUGCUUGAAAACGCAGUUUUCUAUGUUGCCAGUCCAGAAGCCUGUGCAGCGAUCUUGUGGAAGACUUCCAAGGCUGCUCCUGAGGCUGCUGAAAAGCUUCGAAUUACCUCCAAGGAGCUGGUCAAGCUUAAUGUAGCCGAUGGAAUCAUACCUGAACCGCUUGGUGGCGCCCAUGCUGAUCCUUCAUGGACGUCGCAGCAGAUAAAGAUUGCUAUCAACGAAAACAUGAAUGAAUUCGGAAAAAUGAGUGGGGAGGAGCUGCUGAAGCACAGGAUGGCUAAGUACAGAAAGAUUGGAGUGUUCAUUGAAGAUCUUCCAAUAGAGCCGGAGAGGAAAGUCAACAUGAAGAGGAGGGACGCUGUGGUCUCCACUAGCCAGAAUCUGGAUGGCGAGGUUGAGAAGCUCAAGGAGCAGAUUCUGAAAGCCAAGGAGACGUCUUCAGAGGAUGAGCCUUCGAGUGAAGUUCUUAAUGAGAUGAUUGAGAAACUUAAAUCCGAGAUCGAUGAUGAGUACACUGAAGCUGCAAAAGCAAUGGGUUUGGAGGAGAGACUAACGGCAAUGCGUGAAGAGUUCUCUAAAGCGAGUUCAGAGGAGCAUCUUAUGCACCCGGUUCUGAUCGAGAAAAUUGAGAAGCUCAAGGAAGAGUUCAAUACCCGUUUGAGUGAGGCGCCAAAUUACGAGAGCCUAAAAUCUAAGCUGAACAUGCUGAGAGACUUUUCCAAAGCCAAGGCAGCAUCAGAAGCUGCUUCAGUGAAACAGGAGAUCAAUAAGCGGUUUGAGGAAGCCGUGGACCGCCCUGAAAUCAGAGAAAAAGUUGAGGCAAUCAAAGCCGAGGUUGCAAGCUCAGGGGCAUCGUCUUUUGAAGAGUUAAGUGAUGAACUCAAAGAAAAAGUUUUGAAGACGAAGAGCGAGGUUGAAGCAGAGAUGGCGGGUGUGUUGAAGUCAAUGGGUCUGGAGCUUGAGGCUGUGACACCGAAUCUGAAGGAUGUGGUUGAGCAGACCUUUGUUCCGGACGAAAACCUUCAAGAAAAACUUGAAAAGCUGAACCAAGAAAUCACAGAGAAGAUUGAGGAGGUGGUGAGGACACCAGAGAUCAAGAGCAUGGUCGAGUUACUGAAAGUGGAGACCGCAAAGGCGAGCCAGACGCCAGGUGACACUGAAGCGAGUCAGAAGAUUGAGACGCUUGAGCAGCAGAUCAAGCAGAAGAUCGCAGAGUCUCUGAGCAUGUCAGGGCUGCAGGAAAAGCAAGAGGAGCUCGAGAAGGAGCUCGCAGCUGCUCGUGAAGUAGCUGCAGAGGAAACUGAGGAAAGUCUGAAAGAAGAUGAAGAUGACGAUGACGAAGAUGGUUCAGAAUCCGGGAAACCAGAGAUAAUUAACCCCAGCUUCGCCUAAAGCACAAAACAAGAGCUUGUUUGAUCUUGAAGCUCUUUCAGAAUAUCCCUAAGAGGCUUUUCUUAGAACCAGUGGCGGACCUGCGUGAAUGGGAUUCAAUGGUUAUAUUUAGAAAAUUAAACUGUUUUGCUAGUAUCAAAUUGUCGCUCUUUUUGUUAAAAGUAUUGCUUUUUUAAAAAAACAUUUAGUGCUUAUCAUU